CACCAUGCAUGUUCAUCCCCAUACCCAGAUUCCGGCGAGCAACCACCGUCGCCGGAAAGUCCAAUCACUUCCAUCUCUUUUUUCCCUCAACCGUUCUUAAUAUCUCCCUGCCCUCACCAUCUCGUCCUUCACCACCGCAUCCACCACAACCUCCACCGCCACCUACAAAUCAAUCUCCGAAUCAGAACGUCCUAUCCGCUUCCGGUGAUGCCGCCGUCAUCAGAAUCACGUUAUUCUUCCUCUCAGGUCUGAAUUGUGCAGAGGCAGUCAAUUUUGCUCCAGCUGACUGGCUACCACACGGUUCAUUUGGAGCUGAUCUCUAUAAGCAGUUUCACAAAACAACUGUCUUGUCUCAUGAGGAGCUUCUUUGUGUAGUAGCCCAGGGUUGGAGAAGUGAGAUGGAGAGGAACUGGAUUGGUUGUCCAACAAUGAUACUUAGUUCUAAGGAUCCGAGACUGUAUCUUCACUUGGCGCCGGAAUUUGCUCACUACAAGGGAAAUCACACUUAUGUGCAUGCGACAAGAAAAGGAUAUUGGCAGUUUGAUAUGGGAGAUGUAAUUAUUGAUGGUAAAUCCACCGGAUAUAUUGUGUUGAUGGCUGUGCGGCCAUUGCUGACUCGGGGACUUAUUUGUUGGCGGUUCGAAUGGUAUGAAUAAAUGGCCUGUAGAUAUAGAUCGAUAUUUAGCUUUUUCUUUUUCUUUUUUUUUUGACAGUGGAGUUUGAUAGAUUGUUAGAUUUGCCACUGAUGAAAAUUGGAAAGGAACUGUUAGAUGGGAUAAUGACUACUCCUUUCUAUUUCACUUUAAAUUGUUUUCAAUUUUAACAUGUUAUACUAUAUGCAGCACUAUGAUUGGUUCUUUAAUGAUACAGUGUAUCUUUGUUGGGGGCUUCAAAAAUUGAAAAUUUGUAUUCUAUUGUUCAAUUCCAACUCACCAAGUUUGCGAAAUCCAAACCAUUUGCAAUUGUUUGCAAUUGUAAAAUUUUCGAUUUUCAGUAACUGUGUUUUGUGUAAUGGUACAGAACAAACGUGAACCAAAAGACUUGUGGCAGGAACCUUUGGUCCCUGCUUCUUCUUGGACACCAUGUUUUGAUCAGCAAAGUUGGGAACCUAAUGGUAUGUGUGUCUGAACUUUGAAAUUUGACGAUUAUUAUCAUGAUUCAUGUCUUUGCAUAACUACAAUUACAAAUAAAGAAAGGCUUAUUGGUCCAUUAUGAGUACUCACAGUUUGCUUUCUUCUAUUGCACUACUUCAAUAGAGGGAAGUAAUGGAUACAUUUUGGUUACUGCAAAUGGUGGGAUCAACCAACAACGGGUAGUUGUAAGUGGUCUUUGUCUGACUGAUAUUUUUUACGAUGACGGUUUAGAAUUAUUUAGGAUUAAUUUAUUUGAAAGGGAAAAAACAUAACAAGUUUUGUCUUGAAUGAUUUUAGUGUCAUUUGUGCUGAUUAUGAGUUGCAACAGGUUUGUAAUGCUAUCGUUGUUGGUUGCAGGUAGUACUAAGUUGAAAGUUGAAACUAAUCUUUAAGAAUAUGUCAUGGCAGCCAUGGUUCUCAAAUAACAGGUUCACUUCUAAGUAAUUUGCUAGAUGUGGUUGAGGAGGUUCAGUUAGCUCGGGUAGAGAUUAGAAAUUUUGUCCAUGCUAAGUUCAUUUCUCAUUCAGUUUCUUUUUAUGAAUGGCUUUGCAACUAUUGAGAAAUCGCGCCACAUCGUCGACAUUCAAUUUGUUCUCCAAUGCUAUUCGCCGUUUCUCUUCUGGGCGAGUAACGAGAAAGAAGUUGGAAAGUUGUUAUUAACUAUUGUUGAGAGAAUGUAGCAAGAUUAGCAAUGCCAUGAUGAAGGAGUGACUUGCAAUGUUUUCCCUUAGCAUUCUGAUUUACAAGGAUUGGAGGAUGUAAAAUCCAAAGCAAAUCAUUUUCUUCACACGAUGGAGUGGAGCUGUGUAUGAAAAAGAAAAGUUAAAAAAAAAAUUUCAUAUACCUUUUUUUUGUAGAAGCUUUUCAUAUAUAUUUUAAUAUUAAAAUUUUUCUACUGUAUUUAUUUUCUUCAUUAUAGAAGAAGGCCAUAUAUUUUCAAGGAUGGACGUUUAAGUCAAACCAGUUCUCUAAGCUAGCAUUUGAAAAUAAAUUAUCAGUUGAAGAGAAUUCUAUUAUCCGACUAAUUUGUAAUUUGGAGAUAGUUUGUAUCAGAAAAUCGAUUACUUAUUUGUACAUUUCGUUUUGAUUAUGUAAUUGGAUAUCUUAUAAUACUUAAAUUGGGUUCAGAAUAUUGUUAAUA